GACCAUCCCCCUGCGAGCCCACAAACAGACCAGUCGGCGUUCUAGAAAACCCUCUCACUCAAGCAACAGCAGUGGUACUGGCAGUACGAUCACGGCCCCACGGUUCCUCCUUCAGUCUCCGCAGGCAAACUCCGUUUUCACACCGGCUGCCUACUCCAGGCAUGGCUGACGGCUGUACCCAGUCAUGGCACUGCGACAUUACACCCUCGACUUCAACCUCUCAGCGCCAGCUGACUGUCCUUCGACUGUGCGUGGGCUGCAGUCUAUAUUUCAAGAGCAGGAAAUGACAGAGACUGUCCAUGACACUGAGGGACAUGGAUACCUUGCUACCUUCAUUGGCAAGAAUGGCAGGUUGGUUAUUCUGCGUGUGCACUCCCAAGGUCUGGUUACCGUUGAUCUGCAGUGUUGUGAAGGAGAUAACAUUGCACAAGUAGAUAAUCUUUUGAAUGCACUGGAAAAGAAGCUAAAAAGUCUCCUACAUGGAAACAUUAGGAGGGUCAAGAGGCUCCCAGCUCUGACACGAGGUGCAGCUGUUGAUCGAUACUGGCCCACAGCCGAUGGCAGACUGGUGGAGUAUGACAUUGAUCGGGUUGUAUACGAUGAGGACUCUGCAUACCAGAACAUAAAGAUCUUGCACUCACAGCAGUUUGGCAAUAUCCUGAUUCUCAAUGGGGAUGUUAAUCUGUCAGAGAGUGACCUGCCCUACACCCAGGCCAUCAUGGGCAGAGGGCAAGAGAACUAUGCAGGGAAGGAGGUGCUGAUCUUAGGAGGCGGUGAUGGAGGAAUCCUCGCUGAGGCCGUCAAACUCAAGCCAAAGAUGAUCACCAUGGUGGAGAUCGACCAAAUGGUGAUUGAUGGGUGCAGGACGCACAUGAGGAAGGCAUGUGGGAGUGUUCUGGACAACCUGAAGGGAGACUGUUACCAGGUGUUGGUAGAAGACUGUGUUCCGGUUCUGAAAAAGUAUGUUGAGGAAGGGAAGACGUUUGAUUACGUCAUCAAUGACCUCACAGCAGUUCCUAUCUCCACAGCGCCAGAGGAGGACUCUACAUGGGAGUUCCUACAGCUUAUCUUGGAUCUUUCAAUCAAAGUACUGCGUCCUACUGGGAAGUACUUCACACAGGGAAACUGUGCAAAUCUGACUGAGGCACUGGCUCUCUAUGAGGAACAGCUUGGAAGGCUCUCAUGUCCUGUGGACUUUUCCAAGGAGGUGGUGUGUGUGCCCUCUUAUAUGGAACUGUGGGUUUUCUACACCGUCUGGAAGAAGUAAAGAGCUCUCUCUCUCCCCUUCAAGCCCUGCCUGCCGGAAUGUGAAAACUGUCCCCCCACCCAUGAUCCGCUAUCGCACUGAGGGGAGAUAUGACCCCCCCCAAAAAAAAAUUCUCUACUCACACUGUUUAUUUUUUUUUUAUCCUUCCAAGUCCAACUCUCAAACUCUUUUUAGAUGUUGGUUUUAUAAUUUUAUGUCUAAACUUGCAAGAGAUUGUAUUUCUGUUAAUUGGAUAUUUUGAGUUGGGCUGUUUUUGCGUGUGCCCUCCAGGGAGAGCUGUGGGGCUGCUACCACUGGAUACACUGAAACCUACUGUAGAGGAUGACUCAGCAUUUCUAUAACUGGUCCCAGACCUGUCUGGGCUUUAGACUUCUCUGACUAUAGCCUGGUCCCAGACCUGUCUGAGCUUUAGACUUCUCUGACUAUUGUUGUCAUGCCAUACAUGUUACAUGUCUGAAAGGGCAACAAUACUCCUGAGGAGUUGCCUAAAGCUCAUAGAAAUCUGGGACCAGGCAAGUAUUUACACACCUUUUGCACCUGUCCCUCUGGGUUACUUUUCAAAUUUGAGUUAUAAAAGCAGCACCAACAUACAACAGCUUUUGGGUUCAGAUUGUGUGAUAGAAUAUGUGCUCACCAUAGUUUCAACUGAAUGUCUGUUUGUGUGAUUGUUUUUCCUCUUCUGUUGUAACUGCGGCUUGAGUGUGAUUUUGAUUACAGGUGCUUUUCAAGAUGUUGAAAAGGCAGUGUGACCCUGCCCAUUGAGGCUGAAGUGUCUGAACGUGUUUUUAAAAGGGAAAAGGGUCCUCCUUUGUUGGCGGUUUCUUGCUUGUAAUGGUUUAUUUUUACAUACUUCGUUUUAAAUUUGUCAAAUUCUGUCUGGUGCAUGUGCUGGAAAAUGAAAGUUUUAUUGAAUGUAGCUUACCAUAUACACAGUGCACAUUCAUGCCUUUGGUCAUUAUUGUGGUGCUUUGUUACAUUUAUUUAUUGGAUAUUAUUUCACCAAAUGCUGUUUUAUCCCACUGGAAAAUGUUUAUGUUGUUCAGCAGUGACUACCUGCUAUUAAAACGAGUUGGAGAAUAAAAUAUUUGGUUUCUUUC